UGGACGAAAAACCUGAACUACGAAAUCGAAAGAGCGUAUAUGAGAGUAGAGGGGUGAAUAGUGAUCGAGACAGGCUACAAUAGCCGAAAAUAUGUGUAAAAUCGCUAAUCGGGAUCCACAGACACGGCGCGGAAACUCCACAACUUAAUUAGAUUAAUCUAAGAGAAGAUCGCAUUGUAUAAGAUCAUCGGAUACUGUCCCUGUGUCAGAGAUAAAGACAUAAUUGACAUCUCGGGAUCAGAGCGAAACUGCAAUUAUAGGGUUGGUUGACAGCGCCUGGGUAUUACAGAUUACAUGUGGAUUUCAGCCAGUGUGUUCUGUAUAUGUAUUCAUAAAACUGGAACUAAGAUAAGAUAGGCGAUCGUGCGCUUUUCUGUAUUUGGUCCUCGCUGCUGUUAUCAUUUAGCCAGAAAGAAAGCUCAUCACUAUGGCCAGCGUGAGGUCUCGCAGUGAGGAUGUAGAAGAUGAAGGAGUCCUUCAGGAUGAAGAUUGUAAAUCUGCUGAGCUGAAGAAUAAUAAGAGAUUGCUGAGCAAAGUGAAGUGGUCUCGAGAAGAGGAUGAGAAGCUAAAGAGGUUGGUAGACCAACAUGGACCAGAAGCUUGGGAUUUAAUUUCAAAUGACCUUCCAAAACGGACCGAUGCGCAGUGUCAGCAUCGGUGGCAGAAGGUACUCAAUCCAGAGCUAGUUAAAGGACCCUGGACCAAAGAGGAGGAUCAAAGGGUCAUUGAACUUGUGUACAAGUACGGCCCGAAGCGCUGGUCUGUUAUCGCCAAGCACCUCCAUGGCAGAAUUGGCAAACAGUGCCGGGAACGAUGGCACAACCACCUGAACCCUGAGGUGAAGAAGUCAUCGUGGACUGAGGAAGAGGACCGUGUCAUUUAUGAAGCCCACAAACGCCUAGGAAACAGAUGGGCAGAAAUUGCUAAAUUGCUCCCUGGAAGGACCGAUAAUUCAAUCAAGAACCACUGGAACUCCACAAUGCGGAGGAAGGUGGAAGAUGAAGGGUACUUGCAAGACAAGUCAAACUCCCUAAAUAGAUCCAAACUUGCCUCCAAACGAUGCUCUACUCCCACCUACUCUCACCAGGAUUCCUUACAAACACACAAUCAAUUUGUCAUGGCAUUUCCAGCUCAGAUUACUGGGUACUCCUUUAGUUCAGCAGAUGGAAACUGCAUGGAGGGUAUUCAAGACACUUCAGUGUGUUUUCCACAGAGUGAAGGAUUUAGUAGCUGGUCCAGUAGCGGCUGCAUAACAAAUACUACAGUGAGCAGUCUAGAGGACCAAAGCAUGGAAUACUGCCGAGCCGAGCAGCCCCCGAGCACAGCUGUCCCCCAGCAGCCGUCUCCCAGCAAGUUCCUGGCAGUGGAGGCGAAUGCCGUGCUGUCAUCCUUGCAGACAAUCCCAGAGUUUGCAGAAACACUGGAGCUUAUAGAUUCUGAUCCUAUUGUGUGGAGCGAUGUCACCAACUUCAGCCUGUCUGAAGUGGACUCUCCGAUGAAGCAGACUGCAACUCCGUUUCCACACAAGCAGGAGGGUGUGAUUCUAGGCUACCAGUUCGAUGGCAGUGCAAUAUCACACAUGAGCAGGAACUGUAGCGGCAGCAAUGGGCAAAUGCAACUGAUUCCUUUAACAUCGCCCGUGGUGGCCAAGUUCAGCACACCCCCGUCCAUCCUGAGAAGGAAGAAAAAGGAGAGGACAAACCAUUCUCCCUUGAGCGAGGGAGACAACAGUUCCUUCAUGGACACCAGUGGCAUGUCACCAAGAAACACUCCCGUCAAGUCACUGCCCUUUUCCCCUUCACAGUUCUUCAACAUUUCUGGGAAUGAAAAUUUCAAUCUGGACAACCCAGCACUUACCUCAACUCCAGUUUGUGGUCAGAAAUAUCUUGUGACAACUCCCCUGCAGAAGGAAACGACGCCCAAAGGCCAGAAGGAAAAUGCAGGGUUCAGAACACCUAAAGUCCGAAAGUCUAUUUUAGCCCCCACACCUCGGACUCCAACACCUUUUAAGAAUGCACUUGCUGCACAAGAGAAGAAGUAUGGGCCUUUAAAAAUGAUGCCUCAGCCACUGUCUUAUCUGGAAGAAGACAUUCGCGAAGUGUUGAAGGAGGAGACAGGAACGGAUAUAUUUCUCAGAGAGGAACUCGAACCAGCCUUCAGGGCCUGGAAACAAGAGCAUGAUGCUCCUGCAAGAAAAGUCAGGAAGUCCCUUGUCUUGGAUGCCUGGGAAAAAGAAGGUCUUAAUGUCCACUUAUUCUCACAAGACCAACAGUCUAAUGAACAGUCCCCAUCUGGAAACCUGCUCACCUGCUCCUUAUUAAUGACACCGUUAUUAGAUAAAGUGGAAGGCAGGUGCUCACCAGUGGCUGUGAAAGAGGAGCCCAGUAUAACCCACCAGCACAGUGCACCUGUUAAAAAAGAGAAGCCUUGUAUGUUAAGGAGUACAAGAUUUGAGACACCCAUUCAGAUGAACAGUGAAUGGGAAACAGUUGUAUAUGGAAAGACGGAAGACCAGCUGAUAAUGACAGAACAAGCCCGGAAAUAUCUGAAUGCAUUGAAUACUGGGAGUACAUCAAGAGCUCUUGUUCUUUGAAUACUCAAUGUGUCACGUGCCAGACUGCUGGCAUACAUUAGCACUACAGAUAGUGAGAAAACCUGAACAGGGUACGCGACAUAUAGGCCGUGGUAUAUAUAUAAACACAUUUAACACUUUAGAUACGUUUUUUUUUUUAAUCAAUAUUAUAAAAGCUGUUAUUUUUUUAGUUUUCUGGUAGCCUCAACAACAUGUGUGGGAUUUUAAUAUUGUGUAUCCUUAAGUAUACAGUUGGGAAAUAGGCCUUAAUUGGUGGCCUGUUUUAAACAUUUUUUUAGGAGUGAAAUCUAUCUCAACUUGAACAUUCUCUUACAUUCUAUAAAAAGAAUGUUUCCAUUUUAUUUAUAGAAAGCUUUACAUAAAACAUGUGUUUGACCUAACAAAAGAAGCAUAUUUUAUUUUGGCACUUUUAAGUAUUUCACAGACUAAUCCCCCACCACCACCCCAAUUUCUUGUUUUUUUGGGAAAUUUCUUCUCAAAAAUCCUGUCACUGAUAACUAUACCCCCCCGCCCCCAUCCCCUGCCAUAAUAGCCAGCCAUCUACCAUAGGCCUCUGUUUACUCAUGCUGUGAAUUGCACAAGACUCUUCAAAGAAUAAUUAGUUUACUUUUUAUCAACAAAAAUACCAAUGCAAAGAAUUUAAGAAUUUACAGACUUUUAAAAUGUAGGCAUUUUUCAGCACUAUACUUUACAGCCAAAUUAAACAGCUUGCAUAUUUGGUUAUUGAACACAUGAAUAAAUUAAAGCUACCAGGAGCUGCUUUUUUAACUUUUAUUUGUCCUGCUUCUAAAGACAAUAGCCUGUUUAAAAUGUGUAUGAAAAUGAUAGUUCAAGAAGGCUUGAGGAAAGGAAAGGCACUGUUCACAUUGCACUGCUGGUCUUGGUAUGCUGCAGAAGGAAGAGGAGCAACUACAAUAUUUAGGAGUAACAGGAUAGCAUGAAAUAUGAAUGUGUUUCAGCUUGACAGAAUGAAGUUGGAUCAACUUCACAGUAUUUCUUUAAGGAGCCUCGUACCCGAGACAUUUAUUGAAUGUAUUGUACAGCGUGUAACUGCAGGGAAAAGUUGUAAAUUGGGAAGAAAAGGUACUUUUUAAUUUAUUUUCUGCUCUAAAGCUUAAUGUAGAUAUUUAUGUAUGUUGGGCAUCUGGAAGUAUUUUGUUGUUUCCUGUACAUGUACUGUUUUGACACAAUAUAUUUCCAUUACACUGUCACUUUAUUUGUAUAGCAUACAAGUUGUAAUCUUCUAUCUAAAUUAAUCAUGUUUGGUACUAGAAUUAUUUAUUUUCCUGAAUUGGUGACCACUGCCAGUCUCUCCUUUUAAUAUAUUAAGAAUGUAGACAUAAGCAUACGUUGGAUUACAUUUUUGUGUAAAUCUGUAGGUAAUAUUUAUUGGAUGGUUCAGAAUUAUUUAUUACUUAUUAAAUUCAGAUGUAGCAAUUGAUAGAUUUUUUUUUUAAGUCCUUUAUUUUUUUGUUUUGUUUGUAACUUUAUUUUGCCACAAAUCUCCUGUAAAAUUGAUCAAUCAAUCUAUCAAUCUUCCACUGCCUCUUUAUACAAUCUCAAGCCCAUUAGAACAAUCUUUAUUUUUGAAAUCGGUAUAUGAUUAUAUAUCCAUAUUCUGGAUAGUAUUACUGUUUAUUUCUAAGACGUGUGUAGUAAAUUACAUGUUUUAUUAAUUUACCCAUUUAGAAAUGUGUUAUUCUGUACAGGUAGCAACACUUUGCUUCAGUUGCUGUAAUGUAGGUUACUUGCACUUUUGUUGUUUGAAGAAAUAUCUGUUUUUGCUUUUGUGAUUUUUUUUAAAACAUUUUUUUAGCUGGUAAUGUUAUCUAAGUAUAAUUGUGUGCAUGAAAAAUUGAACACUGACAUUUUAAAGGGAAAAAAAGUAGAACUAUAAUACUGUUGUGUGUAUUCCAGCUAUUUAAUAUUUAGACACUCUUCCUCUCCACUUCUGAGAUGUGCUGCUAUCAACAAUAGCAGGAUAUGCUUGCUGCUACUGAGAGAUGGAAAGAGAGAGCAUCUCAUGCACUGCAUAUACAAUCUAAGAAAAUGGCACCAAGGUUCUCAAGUUAGCCCAUGGGGUCAAACAAUAUCUAUAAUUACUGACAAUUAAAAAAAUAAAAAAAACACAGUUCACUUUUAAAAAAUAAAAUAUAAAACAACAUCCUGCUGUGGCUAGAUACACUUUCAAAGUGCUUGGUUUGGUUGCUUUUGAUAAAUCACAGAAUUGUACAAACUGAAAUAAUGUACAUUAAGUAAUGAUAAGGGGACCUGAUGUUUAGUCUAUAUGACUAUAUUUAAAGCAUUUUAAAGUAGCUAAAGUUUACUCCCAAGUUGUGGCUCUAAAAGGGUGUGUUUUUUUCAUGGUGAGCCCCACCCUACUUUUCUUGUUCAAAACAUGUUGCUUGAAACGCUGGAGCCCCAGGUCAUUCCUCAGCAUUGUUCUCCUUACCAACCUGCUUGGUUGUAUACAGCUAAAACUGUAUUUAUGGAAGAAAUAAGCUGAUCUAAAGAUAGUCCUAUUCCUGUUAACUUCAUAGUUCACUGCAACUGCUUUGAAGAUGUACUGCUGAGCCUGAGAAAAAACAAUCCUUUAACAUUCCACUUCUUUGUAAUACAUUUCAGUACUCGCUGGUUUGGAUAUUGGUUGACUCUUGGGUAACAGCUAUAUGUAUUUUUUGUAAUAAUUUUGUGCCUGUAGAUUAUCUUAAGUUGCAUUUUAAUAUAUUUGUUUGUGUUGGAAUGUCUUGUCUCCUUGCUUUAGGGCUGGAGAGAUACAAGUAGAACGUACAUGUAGCAGUUAUAAUUUGCAUGAAUUAGAAAUCUCACUUUAUUAUUAUUUACUACAUUUCAGAUAUAACAUAUCUUGUUUUUUUUCUUCCAAAUACUACAAAAUUGCUGUUAUUCUGUACUGCUAAACAAUUUAAGGAUCAUCAGCUGCCUUAUAUACAACCGUGCCAUAGAAUUUAGGA